AUGGGCAGCUCAGGGUUUCGUCCUCCCCAAUUUUCCGAGGAAUUGGCUUGGCUUCCAGCUUAUCUCCAACGAAUCACGGACACCUCAGUGGAACCCAGAAGCCCUUCUCAUCAACAAUUUAAGGAAUUGCCAUGUGUGCAAGGAGAAGAUUUGGAGUUGUUGUUGUGGAGGGAAGAAAGUCGAUGUAAUAGUUUUCAUUUAUUCUUAUCUGGAGAAGACAAUUCGCCGAUUAGUUCUUUUCCAUCUUCCAAGGAUGUGCUUAAUUUUCGUUUACAUCUGUCGCCAGAUAGUGAUUCACUGUAUUGCCAAAGUCAAUUUUUAAGUACAUCUUGUGCUCAGCAUGGCUCUGACAGAGUUCUGCAAUUACCACAAGUUGUUUCAUCUGGAAGUGGAGAUCAGAUAGACCUAAUAAAAACCAAAAUUGGUGCUGGUGGGGUGAAUACCUUGCCUUUGACUUCCAUUGCAAGAGCUGUGGAGAAUGAUGGCCCACAAUUAUCAAAUCACGUCAAGGCUUGCAGUGAGCAUUCUGUAGAAAAAGUCACUGUCAGAAACCUCAAAGGUAUUGAUAUUAUGGAUGCAGUUGAACUCUCUAUUGCUGCAUCAGAAACAUUAGUGAUACAUGAAUUGGUGAAGAGUGAUCCAGCUUCUGAAGCUUUUUCAACAGCAGCAGUACUUGAAGCUGCCCUUCAGGUUAAGCAAGCACGCUUAGAGAUCUCAGAAGAUGCAUUUGAUUGUUCAAGUGAGAAAAGUGAUGAGAUUGACUUUCUUUUGGACUUGGAUGAUUUAACCAUGGCUGAUGCAUUUGAAGAUGUAGGAUUAUCUAUCAGAGGCUUGGAUGAUCAACAUGCUUGUGGUUCAGAUGAAUCUCUAGUUAAAGAUACUCCUGUAUCUGAAAAUUGUUUUGGGAGUGAGAAUAUAAGCAAAAAUGCAGAACAUUUUUCUCAGAAUAAAUCUUCUAAUGAUCCAUCUUUUGGGUUAAGGAUCUCUGAUUUUACUGGCAAUUCUGAUCCGAUGUUGCAUAAACUGGGCCAGGAGAUUUCACAUGUUUCAGCUACGGUACAGAGAGUUGGCUUUUCGAUAGUGGAUACUUCUGUUCAACCUCAGGCUGAUGUAAAUUGUUCUGCUUUCUGGAAUCUGGAGAAUGCUGGAGGGGAAAGUAAUGCAAGCCCAUCCAUUGCUGAUGGAUUCAGAAGUCGUUGGUUUGGUGGUUGGGCAGGAAAGGAGGAAGCUGAUCCUGUACAGCUGAAACCAAAAGGCAAAAAUAUCCCAAAGUAUUUUGCUGCUGAGACUAGUUUCUUCUCUGAAUCUGCUGAUGUUGCACCUGAUGAAAACUCUGUUGUCCUGAAGUGUGAAAAAAAUAGAUCUAAGAUAGCUUCAGAUCAAAGCAUACCCUUUGAGGGUUUAUAUGACCAAGUUGAUGAGGGCAUUAUGGUUUCUCAAGAUGUGAGAUCCUCUAAUCUAUCCUUGGUGGAUCCUCUUUGUUCCAUUGUUCCUUGCAGUAUUUCUUCAGAGAAUGACAGUUCUGCAUUGGGUCACAAGGGAAAUUCUGGAGAAGCUAAUGUUGGAAAUUGCUUUGGCUCCACAGCAGUACUUGGGAAUGAGAAUCUGGAUGGUGAAUCUACCUAUGGGACCAGGCAAGCUUUGCCCACAUUUUGUGGUGAACAUUCUGUAGCUAAAGUUCGAAGGCGGUUGACCUCACUUAGAACUUAUAGUACAGUACUGCAUGAACAUGAUUCCACUUUGGGGAGUGAAAGACUAUGUCUUAAUCAAUCAACCUCUUUAAACUUGAGACACAACAUGAAUGGCAUUAGAUUUUCUGAUAAAAGAAAUUCUGAGAUGUCCUUGGCUGCAAGCUCCACACCUGAGUGUACAAUUGGUCGAGAUACAGAAGAAAAUAAACACACUACUGUUGUGGAUAAUCCAGAUGGAGAAACAACAAACUACAAGCAAAAUUCUGACAAACAUGCUAAAGAUGGGGCUGCAUUGCAGGACCAGCCUUCCAGGGGAAGCUCACCUCUUAUUCUACAUCAAAGGAUGCGCCAGCGGCUUCAGGCUGCCAGACUUCUUGUUUGUGGUUCACUUGGAAAGGCAAAUGCUGAACAGGCUGUUGCACAAAAGGCCUCGGUUGCACUUAGCUCACGCAGCAGUCUUCAGUGGAUACAAUCUAAGUGCAAUAAUGCCUUUGAUAUGCAAUUUCCAUCUAGAAAAAGAGUCCAUUUUUCAGAAAUUGAAGUCAAUCUUCAGCAAAACAAGAACCUCCACGAGCGACAACCUUUUCACCAAAAAUGCUCUGUUUCAAGACCUAGCAAGAGGUUUAAACCAGAUGCUGAAAUUCUAGAUGAUAAAAGGUUUUCCACAAUCCACUUCAGGGAUCAGAAGAGUUUGAUAUUUCAGGAUUUAAAAUUUCUGCUUACAGGAUUUUCAAGGGGAAAGGAAAAGGAAAUCGAAGGAUUGAUAAGGAAAUAUGGUGGUGUUGUUCUGGUUGAUAUUCCAUCUCCUUCAAACAGGGGAAAAAGAUGUUCAAGGCUUAAGUUCCUGCAACUUCCUAUCGUUCUAUGCCCAAAGAAGCUACAAACUACCAAGUUCUUGUAUGCAUGUGCGGUGAAUUCAUUAAUUCUAAAAGUUAAGUGGCUUACAGAUUCGAUUGCAGCCGGUUCAGCAUUAUCACCUGGAAAAUACAUGGUUCUGUUGAAUCAGCCAGACACUAGGUUUACAAGAAUUGGGAAGCCUGUUCGCCAAGAUAAUUAUACAUAUAUUUUUGAUGGAAUAGGAAUUAUGCUUCAUGGGAAGCAGCUAUUCUGCACUAAAUUUGCAAAAGUAAUCCAGCAUGGAGGUGGGCGUGUGUUCAAAACUCUUCUAUGGUUACUUCAAAAUCUCGAUAAUGAAAAGAUAUCUUUGGCGGUAAUUGUUUCUGAAGGUGAGAGUAAGGCGUCUCGUCACCUAAGGCACUGUGCCUCAGAAAGAAAGAUACCCAUGAUGCCAAGUAGCUGGAUUGUGAGGAGCUUGUACUCAGGGAAGCUCCUUCCAUUCGUUGAAAAGAAGGAUACCACUUUGCAUGCUGCCAUGGGUACUGAUUUUCUGGUUUCUGAUGAUUGGAGUCAAGAAAUUUGAUCUAUGCUUGAGAUACUGGGUUCGUGAAAGAAACAAAUCAAGUCAAAUGACUCAAAUGUCACCUUUUCCGGUCGAGUGUGGUUUCCUUGGAUCGCAAGAAGAGGAAACGUAUGGUUCAUUUCUUUUUCCCAUUGGAUUGCGAUGUUUCUUUCCCUAAGUCAGAAACUGCCAACCACUUGUUUCCAUCAUCAAAAUUGAGGUUCAUAAAGAAUGAAUGUAAAUUAUUUAAAGACCCUCUAGGCUGUGGUGACACUUGAUCUAAUAUAGUGCUUAGAGCAUGAAAUGUACGUUCUUCAUGACUGCAGCCUCCACGUCUUUAAUACAGUUACACAUUUCGUUUACCAAUACUGUCUGCAAUGCUGAGCUGGGAUAGCAGAGUAGCUUCAGUGGAGGUGGCCUCAUGUAUUGAAACCUAGUCGGAGUUGGGGAAAAUAGAUGGUUUGCAUAUGGCAAGAGCAUGGCAUCCUUUGAUAAGAGAAGCUAUAACUUUCAGAGAAGCUGCAUGGUCGGGCAGGCUGUUUACUAUCAAAGUACUCUCUGCCGCUUAUACUGUAAGCCUGCUUCUCUCAGUUAUACUUGGUCUAGUUUCUGCAUUCAAAGGGAUGGUAACAAUUCAGACCUGGUGGCAUUUCAAUGAACUUCACAUGUUAAUGGCCUUUGAUAUUUGCUUCUUGUAGGCUAUUUAUACCUUAAUUGCUAGGAGCUGCUAAAUUGUUGAUAUCUUCAGGCUGAAAGAAGAGAAACUAUUAUUUCUGAAUUCAAAAUUUAGCAGGAUUCAGCUGAUCAAGAAUAUACUAUCCAAGGUUUUUUGUAUAAAAAUAAACUGUUCAUAGCAAUGGUAUUAUUAAUAAUUAGCAUUU